AGUUUACCCAAAUCUUUGGUUGAGGCCUUGUCCGUUACUGUGCGACUUGGAUACGAGUAUGUCUGGAUCGACUCGCUCUGCAUCAUCCAGGACUCUCAAGGAGACUGGAUCAAAGAGGCAGCUACUAUGGGCCUAGUCUAUCGCCACUCCGUAUGUACGAUUGCUGCAGCUGGCGCAAAAGACGGAGAUGCUGGAUGUUUCUUUGAUCGACAACCACUCAGGAAAGGAGUUUAUACGAUGGGCCAGUACCAUGACAAGCCUUUGCACAGCCGCGCGUGGGUAGUACAGGAGCGCUGUCUAUCGCCGCACAUGUUGAAUCUUGGCACUGAUCAGAUAUCUUGGGCCUGCAUACAGUCCAGCGCG